AUGACUCUUUCCGACGUUGACGACUACAUGGUUUGGGCCACAGACGCUGAAGUCGCACGCUUUUGCUCUUGGGAGCCUUGCACGAGCCGAGAAGAAGCCGUCAAGUACAUAACCGAUUCGGUCUUGACACACCCUUGGCUCCGAGCCAUCUGCUUAGAAGACGACCGUCCCAUCGGCUACAUCUUGAUCAUGGCGGUCGAUAAUAUCAGAAAAGAGAUCGGUUAUGUCCUAGCAAGAAAGUAUUGGGGAAAAGGGUUCGCGACGGAGGCGGUGAGGCUAGUGACGGCGGAGAUAUUCAAUGAAUUUCCGGAGAUUGAGAGGCUUGAGGCACUUGUCGACGUGAACAACUUUGGGUCUCAAAGGGUUCUUGAAAAAGUUGGUUUCACUAGAGAAGGUGUGAUGAGGAAAUUUCUAUGUAUUAAGGGAAGUGUUAGAGACACAGUCAUGUUUAGUUUCUUGCCUUCUGAUACUUUGAAGUGA